CAUUCACUCACUUUUCGAGUGACUCAACCCUCACAAAUCAACAAUUGCCACACUCCCUUUCCAAGGCCCAAUUCAGAAUUCUUGAAGGGCUGUAGUCCGUGAAUUCUGAGAAGAGCCACCACACUCACGACGCCUUCACCAGCGAAGUCAGUUAUCAAACACAUCCUUCCCAACAACUCAAGCACACCAUUCCAAAAAGAUUUAAUUAAGACGGAUGGCCUCAACAUCGCCACCUUCCACAUCUUCACCAGCCGCCAUGUCGUCCACCACAACCACAGCCACCACCGCAACAGCCAAACCCUGCAUCAAGUGUCGUUCCAAUCCAGGAACCCUCGACUCCCGCGGCCAACUCGUCUGCCACAUCUGCUUCCAAAAAUUCAUCUCCCAGAAAUGCAUCAAACAAAUCGGCCUGCUUAACAAGGACGUGCGCUCCUCCUCCUCUCAAUCCCUCUCCGCCUACCAUCUCUCCCAAAAAAACUCGGGCCCCCCGCAGGCUUCUUCCCGUCGGUAUCUGUUGGGACUAUCGCUGGGCGCCAGCUCGGCGGCCUUGUUGGAGUUGUUGAAUGAGAAUGUGGAGUUUCAGCUGUCCAAGGGGAGGAAUGCGCCUUUUGAGUUGGAGGUGGUGCAUGUGAGUUGUGCUGCUGGUGCUGGUGCUGAUGGUGGUGGUGGAGGGGGAGGACUGGAGGAUGAUGGGAAGGGGAGGACAACAACAGAGAGGGAAAAGGUGGAAGAGGUGGUGCUGAAGAGGUUGGGAGGUAGGUAUCCCAGGUUUGAGUUCCGAGUGGUUUAUUUGGAGGAGGUGGUUGGGUUGGAGACGGUGGAUUGGGAGGGGUUGGGGUUGGAGGAUUUUGCUGGUUCUUCUUCUACAUCGACGACGACAAAGGCGGAAAAGCUACAGCAACUCUUCGACAACCUCCCCUCUACCACCUCCCGCACUGACCUCCUCCGCCUCUUCACACGGCACUUACUCAUUGCCGAAGCGCGCAAAUCCCACUGCCACGCUUUGCUUUUGGGAAGCAGCACCACCGCCUUGGCCGAGUUGACGCUGUCCGAGACGGCCAAAGGGAGAGGGUUUUCGUUGCCAUGGCAGAUUAAUGAUGGAGUGUUGGGUGUUCCUUCUUUCAGCCCUUCCUCCUCCCCUUCCCCCCCUUCGUCGCCCGCCGACGCUGGCAAGAAGACAAAGAUGGAGGAAACAGGAAUGCUGGUGUACCACCCCCUUCGUGACGCUCUGCGAAAGGAGCUGGUCACUUUCACCAAACUUGCCGGCCAACCAACACCGAUCGCGGAGUUACUUCCCGAGACGGACUCGUUCACGACAACAGCAGCGGUGGUUUCUCACAAGGAUUUGAGCAUCGACGAGGUCAUGGUCCGGUACUUUGCGGAGGUGGAGGAGAAUUACCCGAGCAUUGUGGCGAAUGUGGCGAGGACGACGGGGAAGUUGAUGAGGUUGUUUGGUGGUGCUGGUGUUGCGGAUGGGGAUGGGGACGAGGAAGGCGGCGGUAAGGCAGUGGGAGAGGAUGGAAGUGAGGAUAAUGACGAAGAGAGGUUGUGCGGGCUGUGUAGUAUGCCGCUUGAUGUGCUUGGAGAUGAGCGGUGGAAGGGAGAGUUGGGCGAGGAUAGUUAUCGGGAUGCUUUGGUGGUGGAUAAGGGAGCGAAGAGGAUGAAGCAGAGGAUAUGUUAUGGGUGUGAGAGGUCGAUUCGGGGGUAGUUCAUGGUGUCUGGCGUCUUGUCGUGGGACAAGGAAGACAGAGAGCAUUCGACUGGCGUAGAACGAGAUACCAUUCGACUGGCGUAGAACGAGAUACCAUUCG